AUGUCCUCUGCCCAUCUGACACGCCUCAGCAGAUGGCUUCUGUCGUCUCCGCCCGCAGAAUGGGGUGUCCAGCGGGUUAGGGAGCUGCUGAUCGGAGCAUUGCGACAAGGGCCCAUUCCAGGGCACGUUGCCUUUGUCAUGGAUGGAAACCGACGAUAUGCGCGCACGCAUCAUAUCGAGACGGUCGAAGGCCAUCAUCUAGGUUUCGAAGCCCUCGCUCGUUCAGGGGUCAAGGUUGUCACCAUCUACGCUUUUAGCAUUGAGAACUUCAAACGCUCCAAGUACGAAGUCGACGCUCUCAUGGACAUGGCCAAGCACAAGCUGAACCAGCUGGCCCAGCACGGCGAGCUCCUCCAUCGCUACGGCGCUCGCAUCCAGAUCUUGGGACAGAGAGAUCUCGUACGGCCUGACGUGCUAGAAUCCAUAGACGAAGCUGUUCGCCUGACCAGCAACAACACCAGAGCUGUCUUGAAUGUUUGCUUUCCGUAUACCUCACGCCACGAGAUGACACACGCCAUCCGCGAGACUGUCCGCGAGUACUCGACCCCUCUGCGCCAUGUCAACAAGCGUCCCUUUUCCGAAUCCCAUAUUGCACGCCAUUUGCGUACUACUCAACUGAGCCAAGUCCAAGAAGAGGCUGAGGCCGACGAAGACAACACCGAAGAGACGGACGACUCGAACAUCAGUGCCGCGUCCACCGAUGAUCACCCUCCUUCAUCUCGCACAUCAAACUCCGCGCACUCACCUGCCUUUAAACCUACAAGACCCCAGACUGUGUUUCCGGACCCCGAGACCAUCACUGCGGAUACCAUCAAUGCCCACACAUUUACUCAUGACGCGCCUCCUUGCGACCUUCUGGUUCGGACCUCGGGCGUCCAAAGAUUAAGCGAUUUCAUGAUGUGGCAGUGCCAUGAGCAUACGAGCAUUGUGUUCUUAGAAUGCCUCUGGCCCGAGUUUGAUCUUUGGCAGUUCCUUCCUGUCUUGGUCGAGUGGCAAUGGAAACAACGUAAACUCAAUGACGCUCGAGCCUUUUCACGCUCCUCCCGAUCCCUAAAAGCCUGUUAA